CGCUCCCCAAGUGUUGCCCCGCCCCUCCCACUUCAUCUAGAGGAAAGGACUUGCAACCCAACAACAUAUUUUAUGACGAACCAACCUUUUCAUAUAAAAGCGACUGGUUUUACAGCUUUUUAAUCAGUAUGUAGCCUGAGGCUGUUUAAUCGGUGGUAGCUUUCUGUUCCACGUAGCCUUGUGCCCCUCACUCCCGGUUCUCAAGAUGUGCCUCUUGUUUACACCAAACCGUUCUUAUUGAAAGCCAGGUCAGGCCAGAAAAGAAAAUGGAUGUCUGAGCCAACUCUAUCAAAGAAAGUGGAAAGCAAGCAAAAGGAGGGCAUCCCAUCAUUUGUUGCAUCCCAGGAACUGGAGCCUAGGGAAGAAAAGCCGGGACGCAUACAAGUUGUGUCAUGAUGUCGGAUCCCCAGGAGAAGGGAGCUCCAGAUGAAGAGGGAAACAUGUCAGAUGUGACAGCAGUACACAUGUGCAGUAAUACUCAGCAUGUACAAGGUGGAGCAUCUGUGUCUUCACCUGUGGCCACCAUACAGGCCCCUGCUACUGCAGCAACAGAGGAUGAGGAUGAGAGUGAGGAUGAGUCAGAAAUCCUGGAAGACAGUCCUUGUGGCCGCUGGCAGAAACGCAGAGAGGAGGUGAAUCAGCGUAAUGUGCCAGGGAUAGAUGCUGCGUACUUGGCAAUGGAUACAGAGGAAGGGGUAGAGGUGGUGUGGAAUGAAGUCAUGAUCUCAGAGAAGAAGAACUUCAAACUGCUGGAGGAGAAAGUGAAGGCCAUAUUUGAUAACCUGAUCCAUUUGGAACAUGCAAAUAUUGUCAAGUUUCACAAGUACUGGGCCGACACAAAGGAGAACCGGGCUAGAGUGAUUUUCAUUACUGAAUAUAUGUCAUCAGGAAGCUUGAAGCAGUUUCUAAAGAAAACAAAGAAGAAUCACAAAACCAUGAAUGAAAAGGCUUGGAAGAGAUGGUGCACACAGAUUCUGUCUGCUCUCAGCUAUCUCCACUCAUGUGACCCUCCCAUCAUCCAUGGCAACCUGACCUGUGACACCAUCUUCAUCCAGCACAACGGGCUCAUCAAGAUUGGAUCAGUUGCUCCAGAUACCAUCAAUAACCAUGUGAAGACCUGCCAUGAGGAACAGAAGAACUUGCACUUCUAUGCCCCAGAAUAUGGAGCUGUUGAUGUCACCACAGCUGUAGACAUCUACUCGUUUGGCAUGUGUGCUUUGGAGAUGGCGCUCUUGGAAAUCCAUGGAAAUGGAGAGUCCUCUUAUGUUUCCCAAGAGGCCAUUAACAAUGCCAUACAGUUACUGGAAGACCCACUGCAAAGGGAGUUGAUCCAGAAGUGCCUUGAAUGUGAUCCCAGCACUCGGCCUACAGCCCGAGAGCUGCUGUUUAACCAGGCUCUGUUCGAAGUACCACUGCUGAAACUGUUGGCUGCACAUUGUAUCGUCAGCCACCAACACAUGAUUCCUGAGAAUGCCCUGGAGGAGAUUACCAAGAACUUGGACCCCAGCCUGAUCAUUGCUGAGACGAAAGAGGACAUUCAGCUUAAGCUUUCACAGUUUCCUGCCUUGGAGCUUGAUAAAUUCCUGGAGGAUGUGAGGAACGGUAUUUAUCCAAUGACAGCGUUCGGGCUGCACUGUCCUCAGCAGCCUGAACAGGAGCCUGUUAAAUCUCCCGUUGACGUCCCCAUGGUCAAAUCCCCAACCCCCGAACCUGCUGAGCUUGAGACACGGCGGGUCAUUCAAAUGCAGUGUAGUGUUGAACCUGUUGAGGAGGGCGCGAAGUAUCAUCUAACCUUACUGCUGAAACUGGAGGAUAAACUGAAUAGACAUCUAAGCUGUGACAUGUUACCUCAUGAAAAUGUUCAAGAGUUGGCUGGAGAGUUGGUGGAGCUGGGCUUAAUCAGUGAGAUGGACCAAAACAAAAUAGCCACUCUACUUGAAGAAACUUUCAGCCAGACUCUUCAUUAGCAACAGUUUCCUCAACAUGUCACUGUCUUCUCAAAAGUACACUCCCAUGAUCUUUUUGGUUACUUAACUAAAGCUUUUGAUGGUAAUGAGACCAAAAUGGUGGAUUUUUUUCUUUGCAUUAUAGGGAUUUAAAAAAAUCUUUAACAUAAAGCCAAAGAAGCCACCUAGAGUGAUUUUACAUGUUUAUUUUAAAAGUCAGAACAUACACACAUAUAUAUACACAUAUGUAUAUAUAUAUAUAUAUGUGUGUGUGUGUGUGUGUGGAAUUCUUCUGAAUGAGUUGGCUACUAAGUUGGCUGUUACAGUGAUUAAAGGGUGGGGCUCAUUGAUACUGUGACACUAAAUCACAAGCUUCACGUUGAAACUCACAGUUGAUUUUCAAUGUGAGGUGUUUAUACUAGGAAUUACCUGGCCCGCUUGUGCUAGAAUGAGUCUAAAUCAUAAUCAAGACUGAUUCAGGUCUUCACUGUUGUCCCACCACAUAUGAACUCAUGUCUCACUACUGUUGUACUUUAAAAUCUUUGGCUAUACAACUGUUUAUCACCAGCAGAGACGAGGGGAUCGGUUUGCAUCCAAAGAAAAAUUUACAAAGUUAGAUAUUUUUUGGAUUAUUUUAUUUUGUUUUUGGAUCUUCAUUUCACAUGGUUCGCCCUCUCAUUUGGCUCCCUUGUAAUUUUUUUCCCACAAGAGAGAAAAUUCCCAAUUCUGUGGCUUUUGUGAUGCGUUUAAUGAACCUGUCACCUAUUGGGUAAAAUAUAUGUAAUAGUUUGAAAACUAGAUGGCAAUAGAUGCAACAUUCGCACUUGGAUUUAGAAAAUGGAUGUAGAAAAAUAUUCCUGAUUAAUAAUUUUUUUAAAAUCUUUGAUAUAGAACAAAAUGUAUGUGUACCACUGCACAUCACAUUUUGGGGGGCAGCAGGCCAGUUCUCUGUGGAAAAAUGGAUACCUGGUUACUUUGAGGUACUGUGAACUUGAUGUUACUGAGUUUCUGUUUGCGUGUUUGUUUUUAUAUGUUGCUCUAGUUUUUUUGCCUUAUUCUGGGCAUGCCUUAAAGUUCUCCUUUCUCAGUUUUGUAUUAUUUUAUUCAUUGUUUUACUGUUUGCUGCUUGUUGGGUUCACACAUGUUUCUCAACCUUGGAAAUUCGUUCAUGUGAGACUUAUGUACUGGACUCGGCUGCCAUAUCAAAGAGAGACCUAUUCCUGAUACAUUUGUGUGAGAGCAUCAUAUGUUGUAUUUAUGUCACAGAUACUGUAUGUUGUGUAUUUCUUUGCUUUUGUUUACAGUGAUUUCACACAGAGACCACAUCGUUGAGAGUCUGAGCCAAUACACAACUUUUCUUGUUUCCGUUUUUAUUGUUUUCAUUUGAUCACCAUUUAAUAAAACUGAGACCUUGUGGGUUGACAUUAUGCUUCGCAGAGUGCAGAGGCUGAAAUCAGAAUUUUGCGUCGUACAGGUCUUGUUUCGACUUGUAUUGAGAUCAGGGAGUUGCCUGUGUGACAUUUUGGCUCAGAACUCUUCGUGGACUGGUACUACUGUGUCUGAAAGCUCAUGCAGUUCAGGUUCUUAGACAGCCAGUAAGAAUGCAUUCUCAGUAUCACUGAGAAAUAUUGUUGGAUCCACUAAAUUACUUUUGCUUUUCCACUGGAAUUUUAUUAAGGUUUACCUGAAGGGUCUAUAAGCACAGUGUCAGUUUAACUGAACUACUGCUGUAUGAGCUUGCAGACAAAGAUCUCCUCCGAUGCCAGUUGCCGAAUUCUAAUGUUAAAUUGCUCACCUCAAUAGUGAGAUCAUAUUAAUCCAGUGAUCUCCACUCAUAUAUUACUGAAGUAUUUUUAAUGUAUUCAUUCUACUUUGUGCUCCAGUCUGCAUUUCGCUUUACAUCCCAUGCGUCAUACAUUGUUUACUUGUUUUCUCCUGUUUGUACGUCUGUGAACUCUUAAGAUUGUAUUUUCCAAAGAUGUUUUUAAAGUCAGCCACAAGAAUGUACGUGCACCACUUCUUGUGUAGAGAAGUGGUUAAAAACCAAACAAUGCGAUCACCCAGGCCAUUAUGCCAGCAAUUAUGAUUGUUUUCCCAUUACAUGUAUUUUUACCUACCUGAUAACUGUUUACCUCUGGUUGCAGUCUGUAUUAAUUCUGUGUGUGUGUUGGGGGGGACACACAAUGUAUUGGUGGUGUUGAAGCUGGUUAUUAAAUAACCAUACUGGGUAGGUUUUGCCUUUUGCUCAAGGAUGGUUGGUUCCAUUUGGAUAGUCUUAUAUUUUGUGUAUGACACGAAUGUCAAUAAAUGUGUGUGUCUUAUCGGAGACGUGUA